AUGGCAGUGAUCGUGGUGCAGGGACACAAGCUGGCAUCUGAGCUUCACCACCUGGAGCAGGUGUCCGAGGCUCGGGGAGAGACAGCUACGGGGGUGAUGACACGCUCCCCUUUUGCUCACACCCUGCUGUCCAGAACAGGGCCCACCCUACUCCAGGAGGACCUCAGCCUCAAGCUUCGUUACAACUGCAACGACCCCGUUUCCAGAGAAGGGCAGAUUCACAGCUACCAGGAUCAGGGCUUCGCGUUUCUGGAGGAUACAGGAAAUAUUCAGUCUUCCUCCCUCCUUCUCUACUCCGUGUCCCUUCUUUGCUCAGAGGUCUUCCCUGAAGACCCCAGUGACCUCAGUCCUCCUUCUCUGAGCUCGGGCACCUUCAAGAAGCACGCGCCGACCAGGGGACACCCCUGGGCAAAGGCGAAGGUGAGUGUGGUGGAGGCCAGCUGGAGGGCAGUGAACAGACUCAAGAGGUGCUUUGAAGGGAAAAUCUCCAAGAUCGGUGGUGGCUUAGAGGACGAGCCCUGGACUCCUCACUGUGCAACAGGGGGCAAGAGAAGGACAACAAAAGAAGCUUCCAGUCAUUUGAAAUUCCAGGACUUCGGUCUGCCAAAAAAUAGGUCAUGGCCUCGAAUCAACAGUGCCACCGGCCAGUACCUGAAUACUGAGGAGCCUCCUCCCUGUGAAAGAAAGUCUGCUGCAACGGGCCUGGAGGGAGCAAAAGACCUCAGAGAUGGCGACUAUGAAGACCCAGAACUUCGUAUGGUAGAGGCAUGGCGAACGACAAAAAUUUUACCAGCCAGGCCUAUAAAGGAAUCUGAAUAUGCAGAUACGCGCUAUUUCAAGGAUAUGAUGGACACUCCCUUUUCCUUGGACGCCCAGCCCUCCGUCCCCACGGAGGGCCAACACUGGCACACACGGAUGGGGCUGGAAAAAGUGAACAAACAAAUUUCCAAGGAUCCCAGAAGCCAGCAUGUUAAAGGAGACAGACCCGCAAAGGAAAGCAAGACUCCUUUCCCACCUCCUCGGCCACCUGGCAUUCUUCCGAAGAAGUACCAGCCCCUGCCGCCCCAGCCGGAGAGCAGCUGGUCACCCCUCCCUCAGAGGCUCGCCUUUCCGGACGUCCAGAGAGAACCCAGACAGAUAAGCUUAAAGGACUUGCAUGAGGUCCUCGGAACAGAGAGAGUCCCUCAUUGCCAGAUGAAGCCUGAAUCGAUUCACCUGUCACAAAAUCAAAGUACUCAAGAGACUCCUCUUGCCAUCACCAGCUCACCACUCGUGAUGAAAAACCAAAGUGCACAAAACAGAGAUAAUAAACACAGCACCCAGUUCCAUCCUCCCCAGAGAUGUCAGUCUCCAGCCCGCUAUGGCCCUCAGGAAACUUUGCCGCACUAUAAAAACACAGGCUGGAGAAAACCUUUCCCCACAAGUUCUGAUGAAAAGGAUGUCCAGCAAAGCAACUGGUACGUUGGAGAGCACAGUCGCCAGGCAGUGGAAGAGGCAUUAAGGAGGGAGAACAAGGAUGGCACUUUCUUGGUCCGAGACUGUUCCACGAAAUCCAGGGCAGAACCCUACGUUUUGGUGGUGUUUUAUGGGAACAGAGUCUACAACGUGAAAAUCCGUUUCCUGGAGAAGAAUCAGCAGUUUGCCCUGGGGACAGGACUCAGGGGAGACGAGAAGUUUAAUUCGGUGGAAGACAUGAUCGAACACUACAAGUAUUUUCCCAUCGUACUAAUUGACGGGAAAGAUAGAACUGGGAUCCACAGGGUGCAAUGCUACCUAACACAGCCGCUCCCCUUCAGCAGAUGCUUCUCGCCGUGGUAGCCUGGGCUCUGUGUUCUCUCCGGUUCAGGGGAUCCGAUGCCUCCACCCAUUUUCCAAUGAUUUCAAAAGAUGACGUUCUGUGGCUUCGAGGGAUC